AAAAGAGAAACCAAACCUCUUGGUCUGUCUUCUUCUCACAUUCAUCACGCUGUUCUGAACUUUUUUUUUCUAUUUCUUCAAUAAAAGAUCCCAAUCUCACAAUUCCCGAAAGUCUUUCAUUGCCUCAAUUCAGGGCUCAACAACUCUUCGGCCAUCAGCUGGUAGAUGGUGCAACCUUGACGAGAUUCCUGUGAACACAAUGGAUGACAUGGUCCCUGGAUCUCAAAGUAGGAACCGUCGUAGGAAUGAGGGUGGCUCGAUAUCUGAUUCGGGCCAAGCACGCAGCUUUUCUCUGCCAACAACCCAUGAAGAUUUUCUGAAUGGAUCUGCAGGUAAUACAAUGGCUGGACUCAUGCAGUCACAGGUAGCUCAGAACGUGGAGAACAUAAUACUGCCAACUAAUACGCAGAGCCAUCAUUUCGGUGGUAAUGUGCCUCCGGGAGGAUAUUGGGGUGGUUUCCAGAACAGAAGACUUCAAACACCACCAGAAGAUACAAGUAGAACUUUGCCGUCGUAUUCUCAUGGAAUUACAAUUUCUGGCAAUAAUACUGUGGGUGAUAGACCUUGGCGAAGCUAUCUCGGCGUGGCCGGUAAUGUGCCGAUGGGAUUCAUGAGUGACACAAACACCAGAAGGAAUGCGUUUCAGCUGGCCGGUUCAGCUGGCGAUCAUCAUCACCAUUGGAGAGAGUGCAGUGUCAUGUCCAGUUUAUAUCAGCACUGGAGCUAUCAAAAUCAAGUAACUGAUGGAGGAUUUCUGAAUGCUAGUCUUGGAAAUUAUACACUUCCUGGAACUUGGUUCAAUGAUCGGGGAGGAGAUGAGGGUGGCCACAGUUAUCAAGCCAUUGCUCCUCAGCUUGAUGCGGGAUUGCCGGAAAUUGGGUUGGGAGGCAACUGGAUUGGAGGAUAUCAAUCUCAUAACAAUACUACUACUACUACUACUACUAAUAAUAAUAAUAAUAAUCUCGGAGUAGAUAAUGUACAUUCUCAUGGGAUCAUGGUGGGUGACGGUGGACGAGCCAGUGCGCAAACUGCACCAUACGAGGAUGACAAUAUUGCGGUGGAUGCGGUCAGAGGAGCUUGCGAAUUUGAUUACUGGACAGCGCAUGGGCGUCGUCCGCUGCCGCCGCCGCCGGCGGCGCACGCUAGUUCUUCUGCGCCGCCCAUCCCUUCUGACAGCUCGCCGGAACCUCAAGAGCAAGAGCAAAGUACUGAACAGGGAGCCGUUAUAUAUAAGUGCUGUUAUCUUCGCACUUUUGCCGAUCAAACUGUUAGUGAUCAUGGGGUUCAACAAGACAUAACUAAAAGCAGCCAUGAUACUUGGCUUCCAGCAUGCGCAGGCCAAGCUAGUGCCAACCCGACUGGCCAAUUAAGCCUAGCAGGGAUCGGUAAUGCUGCUAGAGAAGAUCCUGGUGGUAGCACUAGCAGUUCCAGUACUUUACCAGCUGAGCCUAUAAGACUAACACCAAUCCGGCCUUCUCCCAGCUGGGCUAUCCCUCCUCAUCUUGCCAGUGGUCAUCGAGACCAAGCAAUCACAAUUGAUGGCAAUGAUGGACCCUUUUUUCUUUUCGGAAGGCCACUACUUCCUCAAAGGUCUGCAGUACUGUGCGCCGGAUCUGGUAAACAAUUGAAGCGAAGGCAUGACCAGAAUGAGUUUAUUAUACCAUUUGAUCCGCAGCUACCUCUCCAAGACGCCAGGAUCAAAGUGGACUCCAGGGAUGAUAUGCCUGAAAUGCUCGGCCACAAGUGUGAGCUAUGCAACAUGGACCUAGCACUCAAGCCAACAGGGUCCCGUAUUGAUGCGGUUCCGGUGCAUGUAGUCUUACCAUGCGGUCAUUCUUAUCAUAAUCGUUGCUUUGAAGAAGCACAUGGUUUCGUGGGCAGAAAUGAAGAUCCUCCAUGCUUUCGCUGUUCCAAUGGUGGAGCCCAAAGAAGGAACUAAGCUCCCAUAAUCAGGCACUUCUUCUCACUUCUGCAACAAGGUGCAUACAUCAAGGUUGGUCUGGAAAGAUGUGGUGAUUAUACAUGUGCUGAAGCAAUCUUAUUUCUUCAGAAAUUCUUAGUUUUCUGCAGUAGUAUCAUCAGUUCAUAGAGACGGAUUUGGAUCAAUUUGUAUUGUAUUACAAUUAUGAUGUCAGGAGUCAUCCAAGUUUGCAAAAGCAGAAUCUUUCUUUUG